AAAUUUGCUGAGGUUGAGGCUGAGAAUGCGAAGUUGAAGCAAAUUAUUGAGGAGAAUGUGAUGCGUGAUGUCAGAGUCAAGGAACUAGAACAAAAGAACACAGAGCUUGAAGCUAGACUUGCGAUAGUGGAACAGGCUUCCUUUGUUGUGGAUGGUCAAACACAGAAUGUGAACCAACAAAAUAAUGCCGACACCAAGUCAAUAGAAGGGAUAGCAAAGGUAUCAGAUAAGGAAAUAGAUAAUUUUGUUCCCGAAGAACCGAUACCAAAG